AUGAGGAUGAGGAUGAGGAUGAGGAUUGAGGAUGAGGAUGAGGAUGAGGACGAGGACGAGGAUGAGGAUGAGGAUGAGGAUGAGGAUGAGGAUGAGGAUGAGGAUGAGGACGAGGACGAGGACGACGACGGAGAACGAGGACGACGACGGACGAGAACAGGGACAAGGAUGACGAUAAUGACGGAGAUCAUGGCAAUGGCAGCCAAAAUGUAG